AUGACCAACACCCCCCUACCACAUCUCCAACGCUUCCAACAAGUGCUUGAAUCCCUCUACGGGGACUUCAGCGCCAUCCGGAACCCAGAGCAAUGGACGCCCCCCGCAAACUCCGGCGGCCAUCGCGGGCGAUACCUCUGGACGGACGCAUUCGGCCUCCUCAACCUCGUCACUCUCCACCAGGAAACCCGCCGCAGUAACCCGGACGCCAACAAUCCGUACCUGGUGCUCGCGCGGCGGCUCGCAGAAACCGUGCACGACGUCCUAGGCCACACACGCGACGGGGCCAGUCGGCUCCCGGGCGCCUCGGACGCCAACCCCCUCGGCGGCGGAUUACGCAUCGGCAAGGUAAACGAGUACGGCUCCGACGGCGACGGGCAAUACCACCACUACCUGACGCUGUGGAUGUUUGCGCUGAACCGUCUGUCCCUGGCAACGGGGGACCCCGCGUAUAACCAACAGGCGAUCGCGCUGGCCAGGGCCAUCCAUCGGCCGUUUUUCAUCAAUCGGGGCUCCGACCGCCCGCGCAUGGUGUGGAAGAUGGAUGUGAAUCUCUCGCGGCCGCUCGUCGCAUCAGAGGGGAACCUCGAUCCUAUCGAUGGGUUUGUGGUGUUUCGGCUGUUGCAGGCCACGGCGGCGGCGACGAUGCACGAUGGCGAUGGCGAUGGCGAUGGCGAUGGCCGUGAAUCCGUGCUGACAGAGGAGAUCCAGGACUAUCACCGGGUGAUGAAGCGCAAGGGGGACCAUUUUGUGUCCGGGGAUCCAUUGGAUUUGGGCAUGACUCUGUGGACGGCGCAUUGGUUUGCGGAAAAGGAAGAGUGGGCCACAAGACUGGUUGAUCGGUGCUUUGAGCAAAUCUAUGACCUCUUUGAAAUCAACCGCUACCUGGAUCGCAACAUCAAGUAUCGUCUGGCCUUUCGGGAGUUCGGCACCUGCAUGGGCAUCCGGUGCAUGUCGGGCCAGGACUCGGAGAUGGAGCGAUCGGUUGAUCUCAAGGUAUAUUCGGAUCGAAUUCUCGCUGCUUGGGGUCCGUAUAUGGAUCUUGCACUGCGCACCGAUGUGACUCCAGAGGACUUGCGGCCCAUUACACGCGUGAUGUAUGCCGCGGCGAUGAUUCCAGGAGCGUUUCAACGCGGGUACCUUGGUCCAGAGCCCGAGUCUUCAGUCCACUGA